AUGAACUUGAUGGCAAGAACACCCAAGGCCAGCGGAAUUUCAAGAACCCUGCUUUUUUCCCUAAGUAGACGAUCGAUGCACACCACGCCUAUAAGUUUUAACAAUUCAAAAGGGUCGCUAUUUGGAAGCAUCACAGAAAAUAAGAUAAAGGAUGAAGUGAAGAAUGAAGAUGAGGACCCCAACAGCUUUUCCAACAAACUAGCCGUUGCUUCUGAUUCUUCCGGAGAGGCCCCUGAAAUUAAUAGAAAUUCGAUAACUUUGAAGAACGACAAGUUAUUGCAGCAGCACAUCGUAUCAUUGCAGCAACCGGAACAACUAGCAUCUCAAAGUCUUCUAUCCCCUUUGAAGAGAGCAAUCUAUGAGGCUAAUUGUAAAAUCAACGGAGGAUUUUAUAAGAAAGAUACCAUUGUAAAGCUACCAAAUUCUAAUGAACGCUACAGAUUGAAUUUAACAAGAAAAGAAAUUGAAGUAUUGGAGCCUUCCGUAUACGUUCAAUCUUACAGAAUUAAAUCUUCAAUGAAAAAGGCCACGCUUCUGCUGAGGUUAUUGGGGGGACUUGACAUUAUGAAAGCUAUCUCUCAAUGUCACUUUUCUAGCAAGAAAAUUUCUCGUGAAGUCGCAGAACUACUUCAAAAAGGUGUCAAAGAUGGUCAAAAGUUAGGUUUGAGACCAGAGGAUCUGUACAUCUCUCAGAUCUGGACAGGUAGCGAUGGACUUUGGCGAAAACGUGUUGAAUUUAAAGCAAGGACAAGAAUUGGUAUCAUAAGUCAUCCUUACAUACAUGUCAAAUUAAUUCUGAAGACAAAGAGCAUUACGAAACAAAGACUUGCUUAUGAGGCACACGUGAAAGAGCAGAGAAGAGCACCGUGGGUGCAGUUGAAUGACAAACCCAUUAGGGGUGUUACAGGUGGUGUAUAUAAAUGGUAA